UGCAUUGUUACCUACCCUCUGUUAUAGUUAUAUUAAAACUAGAGUUAAACAGAGUUAAAUGUAUCCAUCCAGCCUUUUCCUGUUCCUGUUCCUUUUCCUGUUCCGGUUCCGGUUCCUGUUCCAGUUCUGCUGCUGUUCUGGUUCUGUUCCUGAGUGAGUUGUGUGGUCUUUUUUCCUCUUUCCUAUAUUUAAAUAUUAACUUAACUAAGUUAACUAUUUAUUAGUUAUUUAUUAUAGUUAACGUUAAUAAGUUUAAAUACAGCAAACCUCUUUUCAUCCAACUUCAUUUCUCAACCUCAACCUCAACUUCAACUUCAACUUCACUCUUUCUCUUCUCCCAACCAACUCCACCACUCCACUCCCACCAACUGUCGAGAAUAACUUCCUCUGCUCUGCUGCCUUGUUCAAUUCCAUGAGGGGACGCGCUCUGAUCUCUCCUACCCUACCUACAUUUCUCUCUUUCAUCUCUGCGCCACCUCUCCUCCGCUCCGUACAGCAUCCUCUCUCCCGCCUCUGCUUAUUUAGCUCCCCGUUCUGGGCCCUGCUGCCUGCUCGAAAAACCUCCGAUUCUGCUUCACCACUAGAGAGCUCCUUGCUUUGCUCUUAUUUAGCUUAUUUAGACCGCUUCAACUCCAUCCCACGCCUAGCUGAAAACAAACAUCUUUCCCUUCCCCCGUCUCUGCCCAGUUUCGACCCGGGGUUUAUAACCUCUACGACAUUCCCCUCGAAACAUAAAUCAUAAAUAUUUCCAUAUAUAAUCCCGUUGAUUUAAAAUCCCUCCUCCUCCCACCCACCCCACACCCGACAGCUGCAUCCAGAUCUUCAACAGACUCACUCGCUCACACCGCUUUGGGGGGAAUCUUUGCUGGCUGGGUGGCUCGUCAACUCCCAUGUUUGCUCCUACAAACAUUCCGCUGAUAUGAGCUGGGACCGCCCGAUCCAUAGUUUCAACUACUCCAAUGGCGACCCUCAGACCCCAAAAAGAACCCCGACGUCUGCUGCCUUUGGCGAGUCGGCCUUCCAAACCCCAAAGCUAGAAUCCAGCUUCUACGACCCUCGAGUCACCUGGAACACCGCAGAUCCUUAUGCUUCCAGCCCUGAAUUUCUCAAAACCCCCCAGCGACUUGGACUGUCCACCCCCUCCAAUCACAACUAUCUUCAUGGCUUAGCUGAUCGGGAUUCAACCCUCCUCGACCCCUCGGCCUCGUUUGCUCUGAACCUCUCCCCGCAACUGGAACGGACUUCUCUUUCUGGAACUGUUAGAGGUAGUAAAACGCACGGGUGUACGAAACAGGGCAGCAGCUGCAGAUCUGGGAAGAAAGCAGCGGAAGAUCAAGGAAAUGAUGGUGAUCAGGACACAAUUGACUCCGCAAAACGCUCAGCAGCCUCGAUGCAAACCCCUCCCCCGACGAGCACAGGCAGGAGAAAGAUGCAGGACAGAAACAACAUCAACCCCGGGAAUACACAUCCAGAGCUGAGGGCCAAUGCUAAUAAUGAUAAUACAAUGGGUCCUCCUGAUUCUAGUCACCUGGAGACUCCAAGCCGCGUCGUUGGAAUCUCUGCUAAUUUGUUUGACGGCCAAUCUCCGAACCUAUUCCAGAUGGCUGCAGGCUCUUCUGCAGACUCACCUUUCUUUCCGCAAAACAGGCUCUUAUGGGACCAGGACACGCAGUUUCCGGCUGACUCGCUAGAUAUAUCGGACAAUUUUGGAGACCCAUUUGGACCGAACCAAACAACGAACAACUUUAAUGAUACCUUUGAUCAGGGCCAAUUGCAAAGUGAUUCUCUCCAGGUUCCUCAAUUCCAUACCAUGCAAGCACCGUCCGGGUUAGGACAUUUCAGCGAUCCUCACGCUUUUCAUACACACUCAAUGGAGCAUAUAGACUCUAACCUUUAUCCUACCUCUUUCUCGACAUCCCCCCGUCUCCCCACUGUACGAGAUGAGGACCCCGCCAUGUUCUUGAGCUCUCCUGCACGGAGAUUUGGGUUUUCAGAGCCGACAUUACCGCAAGAUAUGCAGCCCCGACUUGAAACUCGCCAACCCUAUCAUCAUCAGACCGAAGAGUCCAAGCGCGAGAAAAGACUAAAAGAAUUGAAACGUGCUAAGAGUCUAGCUCGCCGUAAAGCCGAAGCCCCUGAUGAAGCUGCGGAUGCCCUACGUCAGUCACGAUCUUCGCAACUACUUUCUAGGCGGAACUCAAGUCAUUCUACCCAGCCGCAUAGCCGUCAUGCAAGCGCACAUUCGUCCUCUGGCCCUGGCGCUUCUGGUAGUGGUGUAAGAAAGACCCCUGCCAAAGGGCGUCUGUCACCGUUGAAAACACAGACGCCCUCCUUUCAUUGUCCGAGUUCGUCGGCUGCCUUACACGCCCCUGUUGAGUCAGUGGUUUUAAAAAUCGGGAAAGAUGGACGAGCUAAAACUGAAAUGGCAGUAGUACCUGAGCCGCCAACGUCCUUUAAUGCUCGCCGGCCAGGGAUGGAUGUGGAUGAGUUGUCCACCGAGAGUGAGACUGAGUCCUCAGAUGAAUCCGAUUUUCCAGUUUCUCACAGUACGAACCCUUCUUUUAAUAUACACCCUGAAUCAACUCCACGGCAGCGCGACGUUUUGCGUGCCCAUUCCACCUCGCGCCCACAAUCUAAGAGCUCUUCCUAUUCAUCAACCAUUGCAUCUCCACACUCAGGACGACAUUCUCCGUGGACAAGUUCUUCCCGUGGAAGUGGGAGGCUACCGCAAUAUCCCACCCAGAAAGACGGCUGGAUGUCGGACGACGAUACAGGCGACGCACAACAUGCACUGAAGCAAGUGUUGAAGGGACGGAAUAGACAACAGGCUAGGCAGCCCGCACCCCUCUAUAACCAAAAGACACGCUCCUCGCAUGCUCUGAGAACAUUACGAUCAUCCCCGCCAGAGUUCCGUAGUCAAUUCGAUUCCCGCCGCAGAGAGAUCAGCUCGCCGACCACAAUGACGGAUCCUGAUUUUGCAACGCCUACCACCGAGCGCCAAAGCAAUCCUAGCAAUGGGACUAGAUGUGUUUGUAACUCGAUGGAUAAUGGCGGGCAUCUGAUGAUUCAGUGCGAAUCCUGCACCCAUUGGCUCCAUACCAAAUGCGUCGGCUUGGACCGCCAGAGUCUUCCGCCUGUCUACAUAUGUAUAUAUUGCACACAGACGCCGAUGCGAGGCGGCCGGAUUCGGGACCCCUUAGCAGGCGGCGCCGGCGGCCACAUCCCAACAUCCCCCUUAGCUCAUAAAUCAUACCGGUUCCGGUAGCCGGUCUCAUCCUCACGUUAACUCUCUCUCUUACCCUCCUGUCUAUCUAUUCCCUUUGUGAUACACGGUUAUAUAUUAUUUUGUCACUCGAUUGCCGGAUGCGUGUAUUACCUGUCCAGCUGUUUGACUUGAUUAGUACAUGGAGCCACGUUAUUGCUAUUGUUUUUCUCUUUUAACUGUUAUCUUCCUUUUUAAACCAUGCCGGUCAGCGAUGACCCCCUCAUACUCUUUUUAGCCCGUUUAACGCAACCAGUUCCCGCUGGAAGACCGAGAGAAUCGUAUUUCCUUUUUAAUUACACAUUUUAUUUAUUAUUCCUUUUAAAUCGCUUUUUUUUUUUUUUUUUUUUCGUUUCUUCUCUGUUUCCGUUUUAAAACCUUAUCCUCUUCCCCCACAUAAUUACAAUUACAAUUUUCCAAUACCCCGCUUCGCAAUUCUCUUCUUUUUUCCUUUUAUUUUCCCUUUCCUUUCUUUCGUUGUUUCCCACCACCUCGUGUUGGCAUGAGAUGCAAAUCCACCACAGUAUCGGACCUUUUUUUUAUAUAUUUUUUUUCUUCCGUGGGUGUGAUGAACGCCAACGCGACUCCCGGCUGGAUCUUCGCAUUCCCAUAUGUUCCGUUUUCAGUUUUUACACUGUUCACCGCACAUAUGUCUAUAUGCCUGUUGCCUUUCCCCCCAAAUGUUACCUGUUAGAAUACGCGCAGUAUCUACCCCCCGCUACUGGCUACGACAAGAGCCUGUUUAAGGAAGCCCCAGCUAACCUACCACCUGCUGCUGCUUCUCAUCUUACGUCAUGCAUGCCGACACGUCUACGUCAGCUCUUCCUUCGUUUUCUUUUCUUUUCUUUCUUUUCCUUCUUCUGCGUUGUGCCUAUUAAGUAAUAAUAUAUGUACGGCUAGGUGUCGUGUCUCCUGCCUUUGUCAGAGUAGUUAAUGUUAUGUAUGGGUUUUGUUUCUUUUUUAACUUUCCUGUACCUGGUCCGUGUGCUAUUAUUUCCUUUGUUGUCUCGUUUUCUUGUAAUUGAUGGAUGGAUAGGAUAGGAUAGUGAUUAGUGGGUUGGUGGAGAUGGAUGAAACUGAGACGGAUGGGUAGGUAGUUGUGUGAGAGUAUGAUACUAUGGUAUAUCCCCAAUGGAGAUUAUUGUUUUUGCUACAUGGAUAUAUGGGCUAUGCGGAGGGUCGUGUGUGGAUGGACCUCUGUCUCUCUCUCUCUCUCUUAUAUAUAUAUAUAUGUGUGUGUGUGUGUGUUUGGUGUGCUGUCUAAUGACCGGCCGUCUAUAGUUUUCAGGUCUUUAGAUUCUUAAUUAAUCUCGCAUGACGAGUUAUAGGGACGUACGUAACAGGCUAAUAGAGCGAUGAUGCAAAUGCUUGCGUCCAUCCCGAAAUUACUUGCUCAGUUUGAGUUUGCUUGACAGAUAUCAAAAUCAAAAAAAAAAAAAAAAAAAAAAAAAAAAAAAUCAGACGCCACAAUCCCCAUGCCCAAUCUCCAAUCGUUUCAUAUUCUAGAAAUACAGUUCACGUAGAUCCCAUUCCCUCCCUGCCUCCCCUUCCCCCCAAUAUCAAAACAACCCCGACCCCCCCUUCUUCGACCCCCCAUGCCCUGUGCCCUAUCCUCCCUUACAGCUCCCCACCCCACAACCCCGCCACCGUCUCCACCGCCCGCUCAACAACCACCCGCACCCGAUCCCUCAACACCGCAUACCCGCACUCCACCUCCAGCGUCUCCAGCCACACCCGCGCCACAUGCUUGUCGACCCGGAUCUCCAGGCCCGGCACCGGAAUGCCAAGGCUGUGCAGCCGCUCGAGCUCGGCGCAUUCAAGCUCGUGCACGUCUUCUGGCGUGAGGUCGUCUUCGGGUGCUGUUGUUGUUGGGGCCGGGGCCGGGGCCGGGGAGGGAGAAGGGGAGGGGGCGGGGGCGUUUGUCCCGCCCGAGGCUGCCGGGGUGGAGACGGCGCUGGUGGUGUCUGUGUCUGGUUUUAGGAGUGUAGAUGCUGAUGUUGAUGUGCCGUUGUGUUUAAGAGGAGUGGUGGUAGUGGUGGGGGCAAAGGAGGUGUGUUUUAUCUUUGGCUUUUCUAUCGGGGCAAUGUUGGGGCCGAAUUGCGCUUCGAGUAGCAUGCAGAGGCGCGCGAGGCGUUCUUCUGCGGUUAGGUUGGAAUGUGGGUUUGGUAAGUUGAGGGGCGGGGCGUGCGAAUGUAGAUGCUGGUGCUGUUUGCUUGAGCCUGCAGAAGCAAUACCAAAAGUUAGAAAACGGUAAAAUAUUUGCAAAGGGGGAUGACGGACGACAGGGGUUUCAUACGUUUUACAGAAGCUGGGCUUGUCUCCACUGUCAGCAGCACGGCCAUCACCGCAUCGGCAAUCCCAUCGUUCAUCAUAUUCCCUUCCCACUCGACCGCCACCUCUCGCGUCCGUGGGGUGUAGCGGAUAGUCACGCAGCCCAUCACCAGAUAUGCUAGUGAUUCAUCUGUCGGAAUCUCCUCAUCAGCUUCCUCUUCCUCCUCUUCUUUCUUCACAAGCCCACUCUCCUCUUCAAAACCGUUCGUCUUUACGUCCUCAGUCUUAUGGCGCUGGGGACGGAUUUCCUCAAUAGACCCAAAAGUCCCCUCCAGCGCCCAUCGGAUCAAGUCAAUACUCGCUGUGCUGAGCGUAAUAAGCUGCUUACAAGUGAUGGUCGUGGUAGCAAGCCCUGCAUACUCUCUAAGAUCUUCCGGCGCCAUCAGGGAUAACUUGAAUCCGUUUUGUACAAGAACCCCAUUCAUAAUUCGCGACUCGUUAUGGUCGGAUGGUGGUGAGCUCUCUGCGAGACGCCCAACAACUUUGGCCACCUUGUCGACUUGGAAGGGUAUUCGGACUUCCUCGCAGUUUGCUGGUGUAUAUACUUUGACCUUGACGGUUUUGUCCGCAUUUAAACUUAGUAAUUUUGAUUUCAGGCGCAUCAUUUGAUUUUUUUCGCCGUGAACAAGGAUCUGUCACGAAUAGUUAGUACAAAAAAAGGGCAGCAACUUCCUCAAUAAAUUCGCGAUUCUCCAUCCCAUCUACGUGGGCCGCAAAACUGAUUUCGUCCACGGUGCAUCGCCUCGGAAUCAUGACUUUUUGCUCAUCAUCUCCAGCAGCCAUUCUCCUGGCUGGACCAACUGCAUUUCUACCACUCAUCACCGCUGGAAUCUGCUCUGGCUCAUUUAGGAUCUGUUUGCCCAUGGUCCCCUCAACACUGUAACCCGUCAUGAUAACACCGUUACGUUCGCUUGGUGCCCACCGCUCUAGAAGUUCCCGACUGGUGCCUGUUUGCAGCAUACCAGGAGACGCAAGCAUGACGCAGCCGCCAACAUCAUCGAAGCGCUCAAUGCUCCUUACACUGCGUACGAAACGGAAAUCCCACGGUCCGGCGCUUACGCUCUUGUCUCCGGAAGCUUCAGCCUCCGCCAUUCGCUGGCGGAAGAGACGUUUGAUAUUUUCGUUCAUGGCUCCGAUGUAUGUCUGAUAGACAACCAUACAUCUCCGUGCGAUGUUUCCGAUAUAGUAGAUAGGAAUUUUCUGCAGCUCUGGAUGCCGACUCCAGUAUUCGUCGAGAAUUAAUAGGAGUUCCUGCGCUCGUCCCAGGGCAAAAACUGGCAUGAGAACUCGUCCUCCUCGAUUCAGAACUCCGGUGAUAGAUUUCAUGAGGGCUGCUUCUCGCUCCAAGCGAGGUGGGUUGGAAGAUACACCGAAUGUGGAUUCCGUGAUGAGGACAUCAAUUUUGAUGCCCUUGGGUGCUUCCGCGGAUAUAAGAUGGCGGUCUUCUUCACGAGAGUAGUCACCCGUAAAUAGAAUGUUAAGACCGGCGAUUGAUAUUAGGAACAUUGCUGCGCCAAGGACAUGACCAGCGGGAAAUGGAGUAAUGCGAAUGCUAUUGAUCGUAUGGGUGGUGUUAAAAUCAAUGGCCUCUAUUUGGGAUA